AUGAAAGUUCCUGUGAAAAAGAAAGAUAGGGGAUCUAUUACUAUUCCUUGCACUAUUGGUGAUAGAAAUCUCAAGAAGGCUCUGAUUGAUUUAGGAGCGAGUGUGAGUUUGAUGUCACUGUCCAUCUACAAAAAAUUAGGCCUUUGCACCGUUCAAGAUACUAAGAUGACACUUCAGUUUGCCGAUCACUCUAUUAGGCGACCUUAUGGAAUAGUGGAAGAUGUUUUGGUAAAGAUAGAAAAGUUUGUAUUUCUGGUUGACUUUGUCAUUCUGGAGAUUCCUGAAGAUGAGGAGAUUCCUCUCAUAUUGGGCAGACCGUUUUUUGAGAUAAGACGGUGCAUCAUAGACAUAGAGGAAGGAACAAUGACUCUCAAUGUCUAUGACGAAGAGCUGAAAAUUGAUGUGCGAAACACGAUGCAAUACAAAGAUGAUAUUGGCACAAGCCACAUUGUAGAGGUAAUAGAUUAG